ACUUGGCCGCAGCACAUCUCAUUCUUUCUAUCACCUUCUCUUUCCAUUUCUCCAUUUCCGUUUUUAAGUUUUUGGAGAAAAAGAGAAAAAACAACAAUGGCAGCUUCUGGUCUUUGCUCCACGGCCUUGGUCGGCGUUUUGGCCUUCUUCGCUCUCGCUUUCGCCAUUGCUCACGCCGAGUCCUCGGCUCCGGCUCCUGCUCCUACCAGUGAUGGGACCUCGAUUGACCAAGGAAUUGCAUAUGUGCUGAUGCUUCUGGCGUUGGUGCUUACAUAUCUCAUCCACCCCUUGGACGCUUAUUCUUCCUACUUCUAGAUUAGUUUCAAUUUUAGGUUUUCAGAUGGGUUGUAGCGAUUCUUUUAUAUUUGCAUAUAUUAUUAUUAAAAUUAUUAGUUUUGGGUUAUUGUGUUACUAUUGAUUUUGAUGGGGUUGUGUAUAUUUUUUUGUUGGUGUUGUUGAGAAAUUCAUUCAAUGGUAUUGCUUGGCUUCUA